AUGAAGACCUGCGCUCCCUCUCUCCUCGCUCUCGCGGCACUAGCCUCGACUACGCUCGCCGCUCCAACACCCGCCCAGGACUACAGCUUCCCCAUUACCGACAUCAUUGACACCGGUCUCACUGUUGACGAGUACGCUGCAAAGCUCGUCAAUGAGGGCGUCGAGGCUCGCGAUCUUGCCAAGCGUCAAUACAACAGUGACACCUACAACCAACUGACCGAUGGUACCGCUUGCCGCCCAAUCUCUCUUAUCUGGGCCCGUGGUACCAGCUCCCCCGGAAACGUUGGUGCUGCCGGAACCGAAGGCCCCGUCUUCUUCAACGCCGUUGCCGCCCGUGUAGGAGGAACCGGCCAAUUGGCUAUCCAGGGUGUCAACUACGCCGCCAACGUUAUCGGCUUCUUGGCCGGAGGUGAUGCCGCGGGCGCUACUUCCAUGUUCAACUUGAUCAACCAGACCGCAUCCCGCUGCCCCAACACCAAGAUUGUCGUCUCAGGCUACUCUCAGGGCGCCCAGCUCGUCCACACCGCUACCCAGCGUCUCACUGCCGCCCAGGCUGCACGCGUCUCCGCCGUUGUAACAUUCGGUGAUGCAGACCGCGACGAGUCGUUUGGCGUUCUUCCCGCCUCCAAGACUCUUAUCAUCUGCCACGAGGGCGACAACAUCUGCGAUAACGGUAUCAUUAUCACUCCCCAGCACAGCAACUAUGAGCAGGAUGCUCCUCAGGCCGCUGAUUUUGUUGCUGCUCGUGUUUUGUAA